CAUUUGUCUACAUCUCAACUUUACUCAAAUUCUUUUAAACAUGAAAUUAUCCAUCCUUGCUGCUGCUCUUCUUGCUGUCUCUGCUUCCACCGUAUCUGCUGCUCCUGCCAACUCCUUGUCUGGUACUGUCUAUGUCUAUGUGAACAGUAUUCCUCAUCCCAAGACCACUUUCCUCAAGACUGGCUCCAACAAUCAAUUGGUGACUGAUGGUGUUGCUUGCAAGAAUGCCACUACUUUACCUGGUACAGGUGAUGCUCUUUCUGGUACUUUCACCACAGUGAAAAAUCAAUGGGAUUUCAAUGGUCAACAUGAUAAUGAAAUCAAUAUGGGUUACGUCAAGAUCAAUGGUGGCAACAAUUGUCUUUCUCUCACCAAAGGUAAUGCUUUAACUGCUGCUCCUUGCCCAUCAUUCAACGACGAAAUCAAGGUUGGUAACAAAUUUGCUUGGUUCCAUGACAAGCGUAACAGUGCCAUUUGGGCUUAUGGUGGUGAUGCCAAUGCUACCGAAAGCAACGGUCUCACUUUUGAUGCCACCAAUCUCCAAACCACUGGCAAGACUUUGACUGGUAUUGGUAUGAACGAUGAUCCCCUCAACAACGUUUUCAUCGGCCUUGGCCAUGUUAGCUUGGGUCAUGCUAGUAAGAACCCUACUGGCUGCCAAUAGACUAGUUUUUUUUUUUAUUUCUUUAUAAAUACCGGAAUAAUAAAGUCUUUCUCGUCUUUUGUACUCCCUUCCAA